UUUGCUGAGAGAUGUCCCAUGACAGGAUGGUGUCAAGCGUAUUUGGACAUAACUUCCCGCCUCAAGGCCCUUUGACGGUUGGCGUUUUCCCAUUAUCGAAGCGGCGAUGAGACAGCGAGAGCGGGACAGAAGCUGAGGCACUUUGACACACAAGCCACCGUCAGAAUGAAGCGUUUUCUUCUUUGCCGUUCUGGUGGCAUAUUUUUACUGAUGUGACCCAACAAGCUACGAUUUUUUUUUUUUUUCCUUUUACUUCAUCUGGCUGACCACUGAAGCAGGAUGGACCACGGAGACCGAGGGAUGGGUGUCUCGCACCUUCGCUACGAGGAGGAGGAGGACCAUCAGUCCAUCUACAUUGGCGUCCCAGUUCCGCAAGGGUAUCGGCGAAAGCGCAGGCGAAGGCGUUCCAGCAAUGAUACUUCCCACGCGGACAGAGACAGACGCUACAGUCAUCACAGACACCAUGAGCAUGACCAGUACAGAGACGUAGAUAUGGAGGAAGGGCUUAUGGAUUCGCACGAGCAGAUUCCCCAAGACAUCAACCGCACAAUGUCACCGGCAGCAGAGCGGCUACGUUACAUCCUGAACGAGGACGAUGACCUGCCCACGCCCACGCUCUUCACUGAGAUGGACACUUUGCAGCGGGAAGGGGAUGAGCUGGAGUGGAAGGAGUCCGCCAGGUGGGUGAAGUUUGAGGAGAAAGUGGAGGAAGGAGGCGAGAGGUGGAGCAAACCGCACGUUUCCACGCUGUCCCUGCACAGUCUGUUUGAGCUCAGGACGUGUCUUCAAGCAGGAACCAUUCUAUUGGAUCUGGACGGCUAUUCUCUGCCUCAAAUAGUUGAUGACAUUAUCGAGAGACAGAUCGAGGAGGGCAUGAUAGGCCCUGAGCUCCGAGAGAAGAUCAGUUUCGUUCUGCUGAGGAAACAUCGACACCAGACCAAGAAGCCGAUUCAUCGCUCUCUAGCUGACAUUGGGAAGUCCGGAUCCUCCUCCGCUCGGCCCGCGGGGCCCAGAGGGGCACCAAGCACAGCGCCCGUGGGCAAUUACAACAGAUCCACAGAGGACCUUCGAAUGAAACAGCAGUCCGGAAGCUAUGGUCGCCUGCGUCAUGCUCAGAGUCGGAGUAUGAAUGACAUUGCAGACACUCCCAGCACAGACCAGCUGAAGAACAAAUUCAUGAAGAAGAUUCCCAGAGAUGCUGAGGCGUCAAACGUGCUGGUCGGGGAAGUGGAUUUCCUCAACAAACCCUUCGUGGCCUUUGUCCGCCUGUCCCAAGCUACAACACUCGGAGGUCUGACUGAGGUGCCGGUGCCCACCAGAUUCCUGUUUAUUCUCUUGGGGCCGCAAGGAAAGGGCAAGUCCUAUAAUGAGAUAGGCCGAGCCAUAGCGACCCUGAUGGUGGAUGAUCUCUUCAGCGAUGUCGCCUACAAAGCCCGAGACCGUGAGGACCUGAUUGCAGGCAUCGAUGAGUUUCUGGAUGAGGUGAUCGUGCUUCCACCAGGAGAAUGGGAUCCCAAAAUCCGUAUCGAGCCUCCUAAGAAAGUUCCCUCCGCAGACAAAAGAAAGUCAGUCUUCUCCUUGAACGAACUGGGGAAGAUGAACGGUACGGCAGGCGGAGGCGGCGGUCUGGCUGAAGAUGAGGAGAUGCCAGCACAACAUGAACUCGGAGAGGAGCUGGCCUUCACUGGACGCUUCUGUGGGGGAUUGUACCUGGACUUAAAGCGCAAAUUGCCAUGGAUACCGAGUGAUUUCUACGAGGGUUUCCACAUUCAGUCCAUCUCUGCCGUGCUCUUCAUCUACUUGGGAUGCAUCACUAACGCCAUCACCUUUGGUGGUCUGCUGGGAGAUGCCACGGACAACUACCAGGGUGUCAUGGAAAGUUUCCUGGGGACAGCUCUGGCCGGCUCUGUGUUCUGCCUCUUUGCGGGUCAGCCCCUCAUCAUCCUCAGCUCCACUGGACCCAUCCUCAUAUUUGAAAAACUCCUGUUUGAAUUCAGCAAGAACAACAACAUCGAUUACAUGGAGCUGCGUCUGUGGAUCGGCAUCCACUCAUGCUUGCAGUGUUUCAUCCUGGUGGCCUGCGACGCCAGUUACAUCAUCAAGUACAUGACACGUUUCACCGAAGAGGGUUUCUCCAGCCUGAUUUCCUUCAUCUUCAUCUCUGAUGCCAUCAAGAAGAUGGUGGGCUCCUUCAAAUACUAUCCCAUCAACACCAACUUCAAGCCCGACUACGUCACCGCCUACAAGUGCGAGUGCCUGGCGCCAGACCCGAUUCCAGUGCCAGAUAACAGCUCAAGUGUCUCUGGGUUGAACGUAACAGUUCUGGACUGGAGCCAGCUGAGUAAGAAGGAGUGUUUGAAGUACGGCGGCUCUUUGGUGGGAAAUGCCUGCAAGUACGUCCCGGAUCUGGCACUUAUGUCCUUCAUCCUCUUCUUCGGGACUUACUCCAUGACUGUCACGCUCAAGAAGUUCAAGUUCAGCCGCUACUUUCCCACCAAGCUGAGAAAACUUAUCAGCGACUUCUCCAUCUUCAUGUCCAUCAUGACGUUUGUGGGCCUGGACAUGCUGAUCGGCCUCAAAACCCCCAAGUUAAUUGUCCCAACAGAAUUCAAGCCGACUCGGCCGGAUCGUGGCUGGCUGGUGAUGCCGUUUGGGAAGAACCCCUGGUGGGUUUACUUGGGCAGUUUUGUGCCGGCACUCCUGGUCACCAUUCUCAUCUUCAUGGAUCAGCAGAUCAGCGCUGUCAUCGUCAACCGCAAGGAGAACAAACUCAAGAAAGGUUGUGGCUACCAUUUGGAUCUCUUCUGGGUGGGCGUCUUGAUGGCGGCUUGUUCCUUCUUGGGUCUGCCCUGGUAUGUUGCUGCCACCGUCAUUUCCAUCGCCCACAUCGACUCUCUAAAAAUGGAGAGUGAAUCCAGCGCUCCAGGAGAGCAACCGCAGUUCCUCGGGGUCAGAGAACAGCGGGUGACAGGCAUCCUGGUGUUUGUUCUCACCGGGGUUUCCAUCUUCCUCGCUCCAAUAUUGAAGUUCAUCCCCAUGCCUGUGCUGUACGGCGUCUUUCUCUACAUGGGGGUCGCUUCCCUCAGUGGAAUUCAGUUCUGGGACAGGAUUAAAUUGUACAUGAUGCCGUCCAAGCACCAGCCCGACCUCUCCUACCUGCGCCAUGUUCCUCUGAGGAGAGUGCACCUGUUCACCCUGGUCCAGAUCAUAUGCCUGGCUGUACUCUGGAUCCUCAAAUCAACAUUCUUAGCAAUCAUCUUUCCCAUUAUGAUUCUUGGUCUGAUGGUCGUGCGUAAAAUGCUGGACAUGGUCUUCUCCCAGCAUGACCUGGCUUGGGUGGACGACCUGCUGCCUGAGAAAGAGAAGAAGAAGAAGGACGAUGACAAGAAGAGUGUGAAAGACAAGAAAAAGCCCAAACUGGAGGCCAUUGAGGAUGAGGAUAAAUACAACCCUUACUCCAACCAUUCACCAAGUUCUGAUUCAGACUUGGAUCGCAGCAUCACGCUUCACCUGAAGAUCUCCUGCCCGUCAUCUCCGGCCAUGCCUAUGGGGCGCGGGGCGGCCUGCCCCGUCCCGCAGGUCAAGAUAGAAAUGGAAUCGGACUACGACUCGGACAUGGACCACCACCGGCCGCGCGACAUGAGCGGCGAGACGACCUUGUGAAGUGGAUUCUCCGCGCUAACACGCCUUUACUCGCCACACGACCAUUGUAUUUACAUAUUGACAAACAUGAUUCCUUUCAUAUAUAACGGCUGUUAUUUGUUAUUAUCAUUGUGUAUGAUGACAGGAUGAUUAGCCCCAUUUAAAAGUAUAUAUUUGACUUAAAUGUUGUAACAAGUGAAAUGUGUUAUGUCCUGUGCUCUGACCUGUCCUCCCAACCGCCCAAUCGAACGCUCCAUUUUGGGACCUGGAACAAAAAGAAACAACCAAAAGGUUUUACUGAGCAGGUUGUAGUUUUAUCACAAAGACUGCAUGAUAAAAGUAUGUCCUAAAAGUAUGUUUAUAGUAUAAUAUGAAAUUAAAACAUAUAUAUAUUUAAAAAAAAAAAA